AUGGAAGGAUGGAUCAAACUCAUUUUCGAUGAGGCGGCUAAAGGAAACCCAGGGGCUACGGGAUAUGGUUGUAUUGUUUGGAAAGAUACAAGAGACAUUAUGGACAGUGUAUCGGGAAACACAGGCAUUGCUUCCAAUAAUGAGGCGGAAGAAAUGGCUCUAGCCAGAGGUCUUAGAUUUUGUGUUGAUAACGAAUUUACAUCAGUGGAAAUAGAGGGGGACUCACAAAUUAUAAUCAACACCACCAAGAACAACUUGACACCCAAUUGGAAGCUUCGUCGCUAUUUGGUUGAUAUUGCAAUGCACCUUAACCAAUUACAAAAUUAUAAAAUUUACCACACUUUUCGUGAAGCAAACAAAGCAAUUGAUUAUCUAUCUAAUGUUGGUGUCUCACUAGAAUCAUACACUGAGAAAAUCUUAACUUUUGACUGGCAGAAUGAGCUAAAACAAAUUGUAAAUGAUGAUUUGGCUGAAUCGGUCUACAAAGUCAAGUCAGAGAUCGUUUAA